GGAAGCUAGCGGUGAGAUCACUUUCCAGAAGUCCCCCUUCUGUGCCGUCUCCACGACGAAGAGCUAGAGCGACGAAGACAGUUAAAAAAAACACAAAAAUUAAGGAGUUAGCUGCUGUCUGAUAUUCCGAAGCGUCUGAGCUGAUUUGACCACAAACACAUUAAAGGAUGUCCCUGUAUCCAUCCCUCGAGGACCUCAAGGUCGACAAGGUCAUGAAGGCCCAGGCCCAGUAUGCCCACACUGCUACCACAAUGCCAGCCAUCUCUGAGGGAACCUACCAGCCUCAGCCCGUAGCUGCUGUGAUGCCAUCAUCAAGCUUGUACCCAAACCUGGAGGAGCUGGGUGACUACAUGGGUUUGUCUCUCAACAGUGAUGAAGUCCAGAGGAACCUAGCCCUAGUACCUGUGGCUGACAAUCAAGUGGCAAUGCCCGCCAGCUCUGGUUAUGGCGGGAUGAUUCGACCAGUGACAGGGGCAGACGUGGGCAUUCGGAGGGCAGAGAUCCGCCCCGGGUUGAGGGAGAUUAUCCUCUGUAAGGACCAGGAUGGAAAAGUGGGACUGCGGCUCAGAGCCAUAGACAAUGGUGUAUUUAUCCAGCUGGUGCAGGCCAACUCCCCUGCGGCCCUGGCUGGCCUGCGUUUUGGUGACCAGGUUCUUCAGAUUAACGGACAGAACUGUGCCGGCUGGAGUGUGGACAAGGCCCACAAGGCUUUGAAGGCUGCUGCUGAGACUCGCAUUGAGCUGGUGGUCAGAGACAGGCCAUUUCAGCGCACCGUCACCAUGCACAAAGACAGCUCUGGCCAUGUGGGUUUUAUCUACAAAUCUGGUAAAAUCACAUCCCUGGUCAAGGAUGGCUCUGCUGCCCGCAAUGGUCUGCUGACUGAACAUUACAUCUGUGAAAUCAACGGGCAAAAUGUUAUCGGACUCAAGGACUCUCAGAUCAAGGACAUUCUGACCACCUCUCCAACCGCCAUGACCAUCACCAUCAUGCCCAAGUUUAUCUACGAGCACAUGAUUAAGAGGAUGUCCACUGGUCUGCUGCGAUCAGCCAUGGAUCACUCUGUCCCUGAGGUGUGAAGACGAGGAGGAGGACUGUAAACUGUCAGGAUGUCUACAAUGCAGAGAUUUAUAUCUCUCUCUCUUCAUCUCAAUCUAUCUCUUUCUCUCUUGUCUUUACUCGAAUCUCUCUCUCUCGACUCUCUCUAUCUCCAUACCAAACCACCUCCUGCAUCACAAUCUUCUGCUUCAUUUUUCUCAUCUGUAACAUAACUCGUAAGAUGCCUUUUUUUCUAUUCUUUAUUUUGUUUCGAUAUAUUCUUUACCUUUUCUACAUUUCCUUAUCUUUGUCGACAUGCCCAGUACUUUUUAUGUUAACCUCAUAUGCUUAGUAUUACACGUUUACUUUUGUUUUGUAAGUGAGAUCAAGGACAGUACAAAAUGUUUUUUAAGCCAUGCACACUAUCAUGAGUCCAGUGCUUCCUCCUCAUUGUGGAGAUGAAUCAUUGACAUGUGACUUUUCAUCUUGUGAAAAACUGAAGAAGCCAACCGUCAAGUUGUCAGAUACGGCUGUGCUCCCUGUCCCUGCACUCAGCCCCUAACGUAUGUACAUAAAGAAAAAAAUGCUGACUUGUUUUAAGAUAACAGUGUACAGUUGUUUUUACAGGGCCAGUAAAACUAAUUCAUUUUAGCGUAGUUGUUUUUAGUUUAUACCAUAUGUUUGUGUAAAACAGUGUUGUUUUGGGCAAAAAUUAAUAAUGAUAAUAAUUUUUGUCUUUUUUGUUGAUCCCUAACAUUGAUGGUCCCUGGAUUAGGACAUAAAAAUAAGUGUUUCAGCUUCUCAAGAGAUGGUGAUUGAUCACUGAACCCCACUUUCCUGUCUCUGUGGGCAAAUGUCUUGAUGAGACUGAUAUGUUGGAUUUGUAGGUACAGUCCCGGGGGAGUGUAGGGAAAAGGGCAGCGGUAGUUUGUUUCCUUAUGCAGCUGGGAUCAAAUCCUGUCCACAAACAGUGUUAAAGCUGUGAGACAGAGGGUCAAUUAAGCAGGACCACAGUGCAGUAGGAAUAAGCAGUUCAGUCUUAUAUUUGUCAGAUAUGGUCUUGUAUUUCAGAUAAAUUUUGAGGGAAUUGUUGGCAUUUCUUUGGACAGGAUAUGUGCUGGACACACCCACUAAGUGCACUUUCCACUACCUUUGAAAGGGUUGUCUUUCCUGUUUCCAUUUCAACAGCAAGUUCAAAAUGUUUCUUUUUUUUAAUGAUUAUUGUGUUUGUGGUGCCUCAUGUUAACGAGAGAACUCAUGAAAACAAACAUGUUAGCUUUAGGAAUCUAUAAAAAAUUUGAUGCUGAAAAUCCUGUGCUCAAAUUUAAAUUUAACAUCAUGGGUUGAACCAAUCAACUGUCUCUCCUCUGCAAAAUGUUAUCUUCUGUAAUAUUCCUUCCUAUACUGAGGGGGCGCACUGAAAGCAGAGCUUCUGCUUCUUAUGUAAAGUUGCUCCUUUUUAUGCUGUUCAUGUUUGGAUGCAUGUAUUCCUUUAAUUUUUUAGGUAUGCAAUCUGAUAACAUUCACUGUCAUUCUGUAAGAAAAUGCUAGAAAAAUCUAAAAGUUUAUAUACGAUUGUGACCAAGAUAAUAUUGUAAAACAAAUAAACAGUCUCUCUGUU